AUGGCGCCCCAACCGAUCAACGAGGUGGUCUCCGAGUGGUUCACCAAGUUUCGUGCCAUCCCUGCGGACGUACAUAUCCUCUGUCCCAAAAUCAGUGACGAUGAUGUCGAGGAUUACGCUGCGCCCUCGGACACGGACGAAGGGGAGAAGAGAAAGAAGCGCGUGGAGGAAGGCGAAGAAAGGAUAGCGACCGUCUACUGGACUAGUCUGCUAUUAGCGAUGCCCAAGGCGAAAACGGAGCAAUGUAUGGAAGAGUUUGGCAACCGCUUGAGCGGUGCGCUCAGGAAAUGUGACAAAUGUGUUAUGAACUGGCAUAUGAAGCGGAAGGCCUUCCUCAGCAAGUUCCAAGAGGACUACAAUGAAGAGGCUGUCCGUGAGGUACAGCGCUUGUUCAGCACUUUGGAUUUCAACAGCCUCGACAAGGGAUUGAAGUGGGCCCAGGAGUCGAUUGACAAGGUCAAAAGCGAAACUGGCGCCUUCAAGGUUGCCAGUUUGGGAGCUGAGAGAGGCCCGUUCUUGCUCACCAUAUACGAGGCUCUUUGUUGCGUGCCUUAUCUUAGUCUUCCCGAUAAACGACAAGAUUUCUUGUCUGUUUUCUACAAAGUAAACGCCAAGAAGCCCCUUCGGCUCGGUAGCGGGUCUGUUUUGCCGGCCACAACGGCGUUCUUAUUCGCUGAAGACCCUGUCGCUCUCCGGUUUGCAAAAGCAUGCUGGGAAACACUGGAGCCCAGCUCGCUGACUCCGGAGCAGUUUGACUGGGCGGUAGCGGGGCCUUUGGCGGAGGCUAUGAGGGAAGUGGGCACGCUCGACCCGACGAGGCCGGACUUGUAUCCCAAGAUACAACAAUUCUGGGAGGGGUUUUUCCUCAUCCUUCGCUCCCUCGGCGAACAUCUCAUCACACACAACCUCGCAGAGAUGGACGUCAACGUAGCUCUCUAUACGCCCCUAUUUAACCACCUACAGUUCUGCAAUUCCGAAGCGAUCCUGGUAAACCUUAUCAAGGUCAUCACGACGCUCCUCGAGAAGGCGCCAUCUGCUUUUGGAGUGCUAGGACACGCGGCAUGCGCGCGCGCCGGCUUCGACGCUCUGACCGACGUCCUCGAGUCCUUCUUAACGGUGGCUAACGCGAAUGGCCAGUUUCCCACAACUCUUCAGCGAAGCUUCGUCUUGCCCAACAAUAUAUUGCACCUGAAUGCUGUUGUCAACAUGGCCCACCAAUUUAGGUUUCAACUCGUAGAGUGGGCCGAGAAGCGUAGCCAGCCUUUUGACGCGAACAAAGCUGCCCUAAGAGUUAUCCGAACGGCGCUGGAGUUGGACUCUAGAACCACAGCCGAAGAGUGUAAAGGCAUUCACCUCGGGAAACCUUACCAGACCGUAGUGAAGCGGGAGUCUGCUUCUCUCUGGGACGGGUUCCUCGACCUGCUAUACCCCGGAAAUCUAGACCAAGCGCGUCAUGUUCUUCAUGGCAUGUUUCCGCUGCUCUGCGUAGAAGCCUUCAGACCGGAGAGGAAGGCCGUGAAGCCAAUGGAGAGAUCCAAGAUUUUGUUCAACGAGCACUUUGAGAAGCUCACGGGCGUAGUUGGCACUGUGCUUCAGCGACUAUCGCAGUUCAAUGCCACAGAGCUUGAUGACCUGUCUCGCGAUGGUAUGAAGGUCAUUCUAGCUUUUAGUUUCCACGGCGCGGAUGUCAUCCGCGAGGCUGCGAUUGAACUGCUGAAAGCUAUGACGAAGAAGGCCACAAGCUCUGACGCCGUCAUUCAGCUAGUCCAUCAGCAGCCGAGCGGGACCAUCCGCAUUUUUAACUAUGCCAUCAACCAGACGGUGAAGCCGCCAAUUGACGAGGGUUGCGGAAUUGAAGAUGACGUCCUAUCCGCGCUUUGCGACCCUGCCACUGGCCUGCUCCGAACUGCGUCGCUGUCCCCGCCCGAACUCGAUACGGUGUUUAGCUGGUGGACGACCCAAUGGCACUGGGUAGAAACGGUGUUCAAGUACACGGAGAAGUGGUCGUACUAUAUCGAGAUCCCGGUCAUGACCAACCUCUGUCGGCAAAUGAUUGAGCUGGCAGAGAGCUUGGUUGCGGAGGAUGCGCUGCUCGCGUCCGCCUUGAAGGAGAACUUCUUGAAGAAAAACGGCGAUACCCCACAGGAUGAUUCCAAGGUCCAGGCGGAUAUGAUGCGGAAGGUGCUGAAUACGUGCUCAAAGUACCUCUAUGGCCUGACGAAGAUGCUUCGUCUUCGGGAUACCUACCUUAUCUCUAUUACCACGAAAAUCGUGUGUAAGCUGCUCGAGCGUCUCCGAGAGUUUGACCUCGAGAUUGGGACGAAUAGUCGGUCAUUCAUUUACCGCACUUGCAAGAUUACCCCUGAGGGAAAGUACGAAAUCGGUACCAACCUGACUCGGCAGCAGAAAGCAGAGCUGCUCAUGGCCCUGGAUGGCGAUGAUGCGGAGAUCGAGAUCAUUGCUGAGCGCAAGGCUCUGGAGCCGCAGAAGCUCAAGAAGCAGAGCAAAUUGGAUCUUUGGACCAAAGCCGGGGUCGGGGAGCGUUCGAAUAGAGACGAUGUACUCGAACUAAGUAGCACCAUUGACAGUCGUCGAUCUGUCCUCGACCAGAUUGCCCAGCGCCAGGCGAAAGGCAAGGUUCCUCUGUCUAAGCCUGUGCGACCUGCGGCACCUAAACUUGCGCCAGGGGUUGGAGACGCAGCUCGAAUCAAAGCCCUAAAGGAGUCGCGUUUGCAGGCGAAGGAAGAGAAGAAGCGGCGAGACCGCGAGUUUGCUGCCAAGAUGAAAGGUGCUCAACCUGAAGCUCCUGCUCUCCGUAGCGAGAUCAUGGUAGACACUUCGGAAGAGGAAGAAGAAGACUCGGAAGAUGAAGACUUGGAUGCCUUCAUGCAGAAACAACAGGCAGGUUUGAAGGCACAGAACGAAGCCGAGCGCCUCCGAGCCCGCGCUUUGCUGCAAAGCCACCGCGCACCUAUCAAGAAGAGGAAGCAGAAUUUGACAGAAAAGGACAUCCGUGCUAGAAUUGAUCCCAAUAUGGGUCCUCUGCACCGAGCCAUCCUUGAGUGGGACAUUUUCCACGAGGGUGAUGAGCUAGCUUACAAGGACACCUUCUCUCCGCUGCUUCUUCAUGAAGCUUGGCGAUCCUUUGUCACGGCAAUGGAGGAGGCGACAUCGAAGCCAUUUGGCAUGAAGAUUGCCUCCCGAAUGAAUUUUGACGGAUUUAUCCAAGUGACAUCGAGCAUGCCACAGACAGAAAAGGGAAGAGAGCGUCCUGUCAGCGAAGGCGACAUUGUGGUCAUCUCCAAAGCGGAAAAUCCGUUACAAGACCGCCAGGCGCCGCACUGCCUUUCGAGAGUCCACAAGAUUCAGUUCAAGCAGGGAAGCCUCGAGAUCGAGUAUCGCGUUAGCCCCAAGAGCCUUUCGAUCAUCCCGGAGCUCAUGCCGAACAAAGUCUUGCACGUAGCCAAGAUUACUAACAUGACGACAAUUGAGCGAGAAUAUGCCACGCUUCAGGGCCUUCAGCACUAUGAUCUCCUAGAAGAAGUUCUCGAGGCGAAACCCUCUCCUAUCCUGAAGUACAGCGAAGAAGCCGUGCAAUCAUACAUGAAUACCUAUAGUCUCAAUCCCGCCCAGGCUACUGCCACCCCCGGAACCGGCAAGACCAAGACUAUUACCGCGAUGGUGGGCUGCCUCUUGACUGGACAAUUGACCGGGCCGACCCCGGCACCGAAGACGGGCGGAGGUUCCGUCAAGAAGCUGUUGGUCUGCGCUCCCAGUAAUGCAGCCGUGGAUGAGUUGGUCCUUCGAUUAAAGCAAGGCGUCACGACGACGCGCGGAACCCAACGCAGCAUCAACGUGAUCCGCUUGGGACGUAGCGAUGCGAUCAAUGCUGGCGUAAAAGAUGUGACUCUUGAAGAACUCGUCAAUCGACGCCUUCAGGCGGAAAAUGUGAUGGACGCGAUCAAGUCUGAUCGCGACAAGAUCCACGUCGAGGCCGCAGAGAUCAAGCAGAAAGUCGACGAGCUCUGGGUCAAAGUGAGCAUCGCGCGCGAUAGCGGAGACCGAGUCGAGAUGACAAAGCACCAGCGAGAGCUCGACGAGUGGAAGCGCCGACAGGCGCGUAUAGGUUCACAGUUGGAUGAGCUCAAAAGCUCUGGAAAGACGGUCUCUCGAGAGAUCGAUAUCAAGCGACUCCAGUUUCAGCGCGAGAUCCUAGGCGAAGCACACGUUUUAUGUGCCACACUGAGCGGCAGCGGACACGAAAUCUUCAAGAAGUUGACCGACGUAGACUUUGAAACGGUCAUCAUCGAUGAGGCGGCGCAGUGUGUGGAGCUGAGCGCCCUUAUCCCCCUCAAGUAUGGCUGCUUGAAGUGUAUUCUGGUCGCGCGCUAUGGAUACGACCAAUCUCUCUUUGUCCGUAUGCAGCGAUGCCACCCUCAGAACGUCCACCUGCUGGAUAGGCAAUAUCGUAUGCACCCCCAUAUUAGCAUGUUUCCUAGUCGAGAGUUUUACGAGGGCAAGCUUAUCGACGGCGCCGACAUGGCAUCGCUACGUCAGCAGCCGUGGCACGCCAGCGCCGACACCUUCAGCCCUUACCGCUUCUUCGAUGUAAAGGAUUAUUCCACUUUUGACUUCAAGAGGAAAAUUGGCAUUAUUACUCCUUAUAAAGCUCAGCUUUACGAGCUCCGCAAUCGAUUCGCUGCCCGCUACGGCAAUGACAUCACGGAAACGAUUGAAUUCAAUACUACAGAUGCCUUCCAGGGCCGCGAGUGUGAGAUUAUCAUCUUCUCUUGCGUCCGUGCUAGUCCCACAGGAGGUAUUGGUUUCAUGACGGAUAUUCGUCGUAUGAACGUCGGUCUCACCCGUGCAAAGUCAUCGCUCUGGAUUCUGGGCGAUUCUAGGGCUCUCGUGCAGGGUGAGUUUUGGGGUAAACUCAUCGACGAUGCGAGGCAGCGACAGGUGUAUACCGAGGGCGAUGUGUUGGCCCAGCUUAGGCGGCCCACGCAAAGGCGCGUGCUGCCAAUACUGGAUCGCAGCCCUCCGACUGAACCUCACCCGCAGCCGCCGCCCGACAUUCCUAUGCCCGAUGCCAACCCGCCGCCGUUGUCGACGACGACGACGACGACGACGACGAGUAGCGGUGUCUCACGACCUCCUACGCAGCAGAUCCCGAGUCGCGCACCAGAUCAUCAGGGAGGCGGUAUCCCCAUGGGUAUCCUCGCCCGGCGUGUCCCUAGCAUUGACAGCCAAGGCAACGUUUCUCCGCACAUGCCGUCCGUCGUUGGCCGGCCGGUUAUCCACCCCACGGCCCACAAUCCGGACAACUCGGAGGCGAAGAAACGACGCCACGAUGGGCACGAUAUCUCGGGCCCAGACACGAAGAAGCUCAACCUCAACAAGCCCAGCAACCGCAACGGCCUCCGCCGCAUCAGCGGCCUCAUCAGCCCCAGCAGCCUCAGUAUCCCCAGCAUCCUCAGCAUCCACAGCAUCCACAGCAGCCUCCUACUGGACCGGCCGCUGAUUCUCGACCUCGACCUCAAGGGCCCAAUCCGCCCCGUUCUCGCCGUUGAUCUCCUCAACCCCAGCCCUGCCUCCGAGGCUCGCAAGCACAAGCUCAAGACCCUUGUGCCCGCUCCCCGAUCCUUCUUCAUGGACGUCAAGUGCCCCGGCUGCUUCACCAUCACCACCGUCUUCUCCCACGCCCAGACCGUCGUCAUCUGCCAAGGCUGCACCACUGUCCUCUGCCAACCGACCGGUGGCAAGGCCCGUCUCACCGAGGGUUGCUCUUUCCGAAGGAAGUAA